CGUAGAUUUUACCGUGAAUCCAACUACCGUACGAAAUUGAUCAAGCGAGCCUUGGUAACCAAUCUGCUAGCGCCAAGCAACGAAAGACGAUCAUUCUUGCAGGACGGCGCGUUUGACGGGCAGGCACGCACGAAGCGCGGUUUUGACAGCUCCGGUCAGCGCGGAGGAAACGCAUCUACGCGAUACGUCAUAAUCUCGCCGUGUGUGUGAUGUGUAAUCACAUUUUAUAAUUAGGUUCGCGCCACCUCUCCGUCGGAUAGUAACAACUCGCGCGGUCCUGUCCGAAACACUCAUCUUGCCACGUAAUUUGAAUGCGCCCACAUGAAGCUGCUGAAAUUUCUGCUCCGUUAUUUCCCGCCAGGGCUCGCGCUGGAAUACACGCAAGGCGGCGAUGUCAGGACGAAGAUCAUCGAUCUGCUGGAUUUGUCCGCCGAAACGGACAUAAGAGCAUUAGCGGAGAGCAUAAAAGCGACCGAACCCGUAAUAACCGAAAGUGUAAUGGACCAGUUAGUCGAGACCCUGCAGAGGCUGCAGGCUAAAGUUUGCGACACAAACGCCGCACACAAGCGCUACUAUAAAUACAAAACCCUGCAGACCCACCUUUUGCCGGUCACUAACGUGGCGCUCGAUAAACUAGGUAAAAGAUGCUUGACGGGCAGCUAUGACCGAACUUGUAAAGUUUGGGACAUUGACAGUGGAACGGAGCUUCUUACUCUCGAAGGCCAUAAAAACGUCGUCUAUGCCGUUUCCUUCAACAAUCCGGCUUCGGACAAAAUCGUAACCGCAUCCUUCGACAAAACCGCGAAGGUCUGGUGCUCGCAGACGGGUCACUGCCUCACGACCAUGUGGGGCCACGAGGCGGAAGUGGUGGUGGCGAAAUUUUCGCCGACGCGAUGCAAGCUCGCGACCGGCUCCAUCGACGCGACGUCGAAAAUAUUCCACGUGGAGACCGGUCAGGAGUUGGGGACGUUGAGGGGCCACACUGCGGAAGUUAUUGCGCUGCAUUACAACGACGAUGGAAAUCAGAUCAUAUCGGGUUCCUUCGACGGGACCGUGAACAUCUGGGAUACAAGAAUUUUCGCACGCACGAGCGCGCUAAUCGGCCAUCGCGCGGAAUUGUCCAACUGCCUGUACAAUUUCGACUGCUCGCUGAUCGCGACGUCCUCGAUAGACCAGAGCGCCAAGGUGUGGGACACUAGGACCAACUCCUGCAUGGCCACUCUAUUGGGCCACGACGACGAAGUUCUGGAUCUCGCUUUCGACAACAACGGCAGGAAGCUGGCGACGGCCAGCGGCGACACCACUGCGCGUGUCUGGGACAUAAGCGGCAACUUCCAACAGCUGGCCUUGAUGCAGGAUCAUCAGCAGGAGGUCUCCAAAGUAUGCUUCAGUCCAAACGGCCACCAACUGCUGACCGGCUCCUCGGACAGAACGGCCAGACUCUGGUCCACGGACGACGGCAGCUGCCUCCAACAGCUGAGGGAGCACACCGACGAAGUGUUCGCUUGUGCCUUCUCGUACACCGGCGACAGCGUGAUCACCGCCAGCAAGGACAAAACUUGCACGAUCUGGAGAUGACUGGACUGGUUCCAGGUGUGCGGCUAGCUUCUGCUCGUCGCUCUGUUCGUCGCUUACGUCGUGUACUUUUACAUUCUUUGAACCCUGCCGAGUGUAGACGCGGGCGAUCUCCAGUCGGUCUUCGAAUAAUCGAUUCUC